CGUUUGACUUUAUCAAGUGUAGGGCAACUUCAUUGAUGCGUAAGUUAGAACGCUAAACCAGAUUUAAUAGUAAUCGAAAUGAAAAAAAUGAUCUAAUCUAACAUUUUAAGAUACUCGAAAUGUUAUACACGGCUCACAGUUGUUUGAAGUCCGUUUAAAGUAACUAAACCUCUAAGCAGCAAAGAAAAUUCAAGAAGUCCCAUCACAAUCAUCGUCAUGAAGGCUUCUCAACCUUGGACCCUUCUAAUUCUGCUGAGCUUGCUGGGACGCCAUGCCCUCGGUCAAACUCCCAAUCCCAGUCUUUUCUCGGUGCUUUGGGAAUUUAUUCAAAUAGGAGGCGUUGGAGAAUCUCUGGAGGCAAUGGAUAAUAAUGUGCAGCUACUAAAGGAAUACGAUUUCAUAAUUGUGGGAGCUGGUACUGCUGGUUGUACUCUGGCUGCUCGGCUUUCCGAAAAUCCCCAUUGGAAGAUUUUACUGCUAGAAGCCGGUGGUCCUGAAUCUUUAAUUUUGGACAUACCUGUUGUUGCCCAAAUGUUGAAAUUGAAUCCCGACAUUAAUUGGGGUUAUGCCACAGAGCCUUCGGACAAAUAUUGUCUGGGUGUUAACAACAGACGCUGCCUGUUUCCCAGAGGCAAGGUGAUGGGUGGAUCUUCAGUGCUGAAUGCCAUGAUGUAUACUCGUGGCAAUCGCCGUGAUUAUGACAACUGGGCCCGCAUGGGCAAUGAGGGCUGGAGUUAUGAAGAAGUCAAGCCGUAUUUUAAGAAACUGGAAGGUUCCCUAGUACCCGAUGCUGAACCUGAGUUCGUGGGUCGUAAAGGUCCUGUAAAAGUCACUUACCCCACAAGACGCUCGCAGCUGGUGAAGGCCUUUGUCAAGGCUGGUCAAGAGGAUGGUCUACCUCUGUGCGAUUACAAUGGCAAAAGGCAGACCUGCAUUUCCUACAUACAAACCACCACCAAUGGGGGCUAUCGCUGGAGUGCCAAUCGCGCCUAUUUGUAUCCCAUCAAAGGCAAACGUCCCAAUUUGCAUAUCAAAAAGCGGGCUUUUGUUACCAAAAUUUUAAUUGAGCCCAAGACAAAGGCAGCCUAUGGAGUGGCCUUCGAGUCGGGGGGUAAGUCUUAUCAAAUUCGAGCCCGCAGAGAGGUGAUAUCAUCGGCCGGGGCCAUUAAUAGCCCCCAGCUUUUGAUGUUAUCUGGCAUAGGGCCAGCCAAACAUUUGCGCGAGGUCGGUAUAAAGCCCUUGGCCGAUUUGGCUGUAGGCUUUAAUCUGCAGGACCACAUAGCCCCCGUUUUGAGCUUUCUAACCAAUACAACCACCUUAAAGACUGAGCAAUUUUUCGAUGUCAAUGAACUGCUUUUGCUGCACACCCAAAAUAGUACACUCUCCAUACCAGAUGGCAUUGAGGGCAUAGCGUUUUACGACCUGGAUCAUCCCACGGAAUCGGAUGGCUGGCCUGACAUGGAACUGUUUUUGAUCAGCGGAGGUUUGGACGCCAACCCGGCCACCGUUAGAGCCCUUGGAAUGCGCUAUGACAUCUACCAUGCUCUUUACGAUGACAUACUCGACUAUGAGGUCAACAAGUUUUUGAUAUUUCCCAUGAUGCUACAACCUCGCAGUCGGGGACGCAUUAUGCUCAGCAGUAAGGAUCCCAAGACAUAUCCUCUUAUCUAUCCCAAUUACUUCCAUGAUCCCUAUGAUCUUGAUAUCACCGUAAGGGGUCUGCAGAAAUCCUUGGAUUUAAUGAACUAUCCCGCUAUGCGUAAAAUAAAUGCCCAAGUGUUGGCCAAACCAAUUCCCGAAUGCCAAAAAUAUGGUGCAAUUAACUCGCGCCCCUAUUUGGAGUGCUAUGCACGCUUUUUCACCUUUACCAUUUUCCAUCAAUCGGGCACCGUGAAAAUGGGUCCCAAAUGGGAUAGACAAGCUGUGGUAGACCCCCGUCUGCGAGUCUAUGGCAUAGAGAAGUUGCGAGUGGUUGAUGCCAGUAUUAUGCCCAAAAUUAUAGCCGGACAUCCCAAUGGGCCGACCUAUAUGAUUGCCGAGAAAGCUGCGGAUAUGAUCAAACAGGACUAUGGCUAUCUGUAGUCAUGGCAAAUGAUAUAAUUGUGUGUAUUAUAGUGUUAAGUUUGAUUUGUUAAGUUUUGAGGUCUUUCGAACAUCCUUUUUAC